AUGAGCUCUCAUGUCGUCGUCCUAGAUUCGACGGCUCGGAGAGCUACGAUCAAAACAACCCCCGGAAAAUAUUUGGCUGAUAUCCUGCAAGAGGCGUGCGCCAAGCUAGGUUUGGAUGCAAGCCAGUACGGGUUGAAAUACAAGAGUAAACAGGUUGACCUUUCCCUAUCAUUCCGUCUUUCCGGCCUUGCCUCCGGCGCGAAGCUAGAACUGGUGCAACUCUCCCGGUCGCCAUCAGUCGUGACGGUUGCUCUACAACUGCCCGAAUCAGAAGCACGAGGAGUUCCCAACGGGCGACUUCUAGACAAAUUUCCUAGCACAACAACACUAUGGCUGGUUCUGCGCAAGUUUGAGGCGGGUGUCGCUGGAGGCGGUUCGCCCAGAAAUUUCACCGCGCGAGGUAUCCCCAUCGCCACCGCUGGCAAUGAGGGUUCGGGUCGGUUGUUCUACGAGACGCCUGUAGUUCAGAUCAUGGGACGAGAGCUAUCGACAUUCGACGAACUUCAGAAGUCAUUAGUGCAACUUGGGUUCAAUAGCGGUAACGUUCUGGUUCGACUCAGCUUUCGACGGACGGAGGAACCCCUGGAGGUGGCCAUGGUCAAGAUUCAGGAUUACUUCAAAUCGUUCGACGAUGCGACUCCUAAGGAUGCAACUUCCAAGACCCAGGAGUCUCCAGCAGCAGAAACUUCAGAAACAAUAACUGAUCCAAGCCAACCUCUACCACAAGCGCCAUCCGCUGCACCGGCCGAACCUGUGAGACAGGUGCCUGAAGUACCGGAGCAAGCUCCCCAAACGGUCCCUGCAGCGGUCCCUGCAGCUGGCGUCCCUUCAACCGAACCAUCUGCCACAAUUCAACCUUCCUCGCGACCAGUCACAGUUUUUUCAGCUCCGUCCAGCACCACUCCACAAGCCGCGCAAAUGACAUAUAACGAAGACGACUACGUUCCUUCGGUCGACCAUGCACAGGCUCAUCAGCGUCGUCUCAACGCCGCUUCGCGGCCCAUACGUCUUCCAACAGACGCAGAGAUCGCUGCCAAGGCAGCAGAAGAGGAACAGAGGCGAGCGGCGGUCAAAGAAGUAGACGUGAAGGUCCGCCUUCCAGAUCAGAGCCAGGUCGUAUCGAAGUUCGGACAGGAAGACACUGGUGCAACGCUUUAUGGCUUCGUAAGAAGCUGUCUCGCAGAGCCUUUUGCCAGCGAGAAAUUCGUCCUGACAUCCUUCCCCGUUGCAGGAGCCCCCAAGUCAGGGGCGAAGAAGGUUCAAAAUAUCGUUCCAGAUUCAAACCAGACCCGCCUGAUCAAGGACUUCGGUAUGAUAGGCCGAGUCCUGGUUACCUUUACUUGGGACGCAAGCGCUUCCCCUGCUGUCCGGCAAAGUAGAACAAGUCCCUUAAAGCCGGAGCUUCGGAGCCAAGCCCAAGAGAUCAAGGUUGAACAGCCGCCCGACGUGAUGGAUACAUCGGAAGAUCGAGUCGCGUCGAAAGUAGGAGGGCCUAGCCAGGGAGAGAAACCCGGAGGGCGAAAACCGGGCAGCAUACCCAAAUGGUUGAAACUCCCUGGUAAGAAAUGA